CGCCAUUUUAAGUGUUUUGUUGUUUGCAUUUAAAUUAAAUUAAAUAAAAUAAUCAAUUUCUACGUCUUAAAAACAGCUCAGUUACAUUUUCAACUGCACAUUAAUGGUGAACAUGAGUGACGAAAAAGCCCCAGAACGGCCGGAGCGCGAACGUAGCCGGGAACGUACCGACCAAAGAGAUCCGAGAGAUAGACGCAGACGAUCACGAUCCAGAGAGCACAGAAGACGGUCCAGCAGGUCGCGUUCCAGAGAACGUCCGGAACGUAGGCAAAGGAGCAGGUCCAGGUCUCCGAGAGGGGGCCACAAAGGAGGGAGUCAUUCCAGAAGGAGGAAGCCUUCGCUGUAUUGGGAUGUGCCUCCUCCAGGUUUCGAGCAUAUAACUCCUCUUCAGUAUAAGGCUAUGCAAGCCGCUGGACAAAUUCCUGCUAAUAUUGUGGCUGAUACGCCGCAGGCUGCUGUUCCUGUUGUUGGGUCUACAAUUACCAGACAGGCGAGAAGGUUAUACGUCGGCAACAUCCCAUUUGGAGUGACCGAAGACGAAAUGAUGGAAUACUUCAACCAGCAGAUGCACCUCAGCGGAUUGGCGCAAGCGGCCGGCAACCCUGUGUUGGCCUGUCAAAUAAACUUGGACAAAAACUUCGCCUUUUUAGAGUUCCGCUCCAUCGACGAGACCACUCAAGCCAUGGCCUUCGACGGGAUCAACUUCAAAGGCCAAUCCUUAAAAAUACGCCGUCCACACGACUACCAACCGAUGCCCGGCAUGUCGGAGAAUUCAAUAGCGGUACCCGCAGGAGUUAUUAGUACUGUGGUACCAGAUUCGCCGCAUAAAAUUUUUAUAGGGGGUUUGCCUAAUUAUCUAAACGAAGACCAGGUUAAAGAAUUACUGAUGUCCUUUGGCCAAUUGCGGGCAUUCAAUCUAGUCAAAGACACUGCCUUUGGUUUGAGCAAAGGCUACGCUUUUGCCGAAUACAUUGACAUUAGUAUGACUGAUCAGGCUAUAGCAGGUUUGAAUGGUAUGCAAUUGGGCGACAAACGCCUAAUAGUACAAAGAGCCAGCGUAGGAGCUAAAAACGCUACAGUGUUGCCAGCAGUCCAAAUCCAAGUGCCCGGUCUGAGUUUGGUGGGCGCUUCAGGACCGGCAACCGAAGUUUUGUGUCUUUUAAACAUGGUCACUCCUGAUGAGCUCAAAGACGAAGAAGAAUAUGAAGAUAUUUUGGAGGAUAUCAAAGAGGAGUGCAAUAAGUACGGAGUGGUGAGAAGUAUAGAAAUUCCCAGGCCGAUUGAAGGUGUCGAAGUGCCUGGAUGUGGAAAAGUUUUCGUGGAAUUCAAUUCAGUUUUGGAUUGUCAAAAGGCCCAGCAAACUCUUACAGGAAGAAAAUUCAGCAACAGAGUCGUUGUUACUUCGUACUUUGAUCCCGACAAAUACCACAGACGUGAAUUUUAGUUAUAGUUUUUUUAGAUUUAAGCCAGUGUAAUUUCAAAUUUUUGUGCGCCGUCAUUUAAUUAAUCAAAUAAAUAAAUAAAGAUAAUCUAAAACUAAGUAUAUAUAUUUGCAGUUAUUAGUAUAUACAAAAUGUUGAUAAUUAUUAUUAAACUAAGAUUAAGUUGUUCUGGGGUGGAACUUUGGCAAAAUCAUCUUCAAAUGAUACCUGCAACAAAUUAAUUAUUAAAUAUUUGAAACAACAAUUAUUAAAAAUAAGUCUCACCCAUUGGCUAUUGUUAGUCUUAUUAUUACUGCAAAGUGCAUCAAAUUCCCAAUCAUCGUCCUCGACGCCUUCACUAUCAAAAUCAAUUAAUUUUUCCUCAUUGACAACUACAGGUUUGUUGAGUGUUAUUGGAGCUUCACUGACAACCUCCUGUUGAUUAUUUGGUGAAUCAACCCAAGCCUCGUAGGCACUAGUGAAAAUUUUGCCCACUGUCAAAGUAACUGUAUCGGCUAUUUUUCGUUUGGAGCAAAAAAAGGCGUGGCAUUCCAUUUUGUCAUUUGACUGAUCGGUGGAAAUAAAGGAGAAUACUUGACGGUGGUUUGAGUCUGAGGCACAAUUUGAGAUUCUAAAAUUGUCAAAUGUUAAACAGAAGAUUAGAUUUAUUUAGAAAAUGUUUACUUGUAUAUAGAAACUUUAAAAAUAUCGUUGCCAUCCAAGUCAGUAACGGAAAUUCCUUGCACUGAAAUGGCAACAAUGACUCUUUGCAACUUUUUCUGUUGUUUGCGGACUGCUUUGGCGGUUUUAAUAAUGUUUUUGACCGCUUCAGAGCUGAUGGUGGCUUUGUCGGCGUUUUUGUCAACCGCUGUGCUGCCCAAGUAUUUUAGUUUGAAAGUGGCAACCUCGUUUUCCGGUUCCUGGGCGUCGGUUUCGAUGAUUACUUCUUUGCCGUUUUGCUGCGCCUUGUCAUCUGACGACGAUAAUU